AUGGAAACCGAAUCUUUUGUAUCGUUACCUCUUGACCUUACGAUAGAAAUACUUUUACGACUUCCGGCGAAAUCCAUAGGGAGGUUCCGAUGCGUGUCGAAGCUCUGGUCGACUAUGACCACCACUCCCAGCUUCGUCAAGUCUUACUCUGUCCACUCCUCGGCUCGGCCUUGUCUUCUUUACUGCAAGAAUGGAGAGGAAAAGUGUGUCUUCUACUCCUUGCCGCAUCAUCAUGAUACUGAAAAAUACCUCCCUAAAGAGGAAACUGGUCUACCUCUAAGGAUUAUAACUAAUGAGAAUAAUAUUCAUCAUCAGUCUAUCCACGGUUUGAUCCCCGUUGAAAAUUCUGAGAGUGUCAUAAUUUGGAAUCCAACCUUGAAACAACACGUAACCUUACCCCAGCUUAAAGUCUCGAAGCCAUUUAUAUCCCUUUUGGGAUACGAUCCCAUCGGUGAUGAAUACAAAGUGUUGUGCAUGUCACUUUGGGUUAAGGAUGAAGACCCUCAGAUUUUUACACUGGGACCUGGAGAAUCAUGGAGAAGGUUAAUUAUCCAAGACAUUAGCCCUAGCCAUGUUAAGUUCUACAAGGCAAUUUGGAGAUGCAUCAACGGAGUUGUGUACUAUUUAGCGGCUGAUAACACUAUUGUGAGUUUUGACGUGAGGUCCGAGAAGUUUGGAGUAAUCCAAAUACCAGAUAUGUCUCUUCGUAUGAAAGGGCUGCCUUGGGGUAUAAAAAUACUUCCGUGUGGUUUUAUAAGACAUAGGGGAAGAUUAGCUUUGUUUUCUUAUAUCAGCAGUCUUCGGGGACGAAUCUCAUUAUGGAUUUUGGAGGAUGCUGAGAAACAUGAAUGGGUGCGAAAAGACUCCUCUCUGCCAUUUAAAACGCUUACUUCUCUGUCAACAGGGGAAGGAAUCUUUUUGUUACGUGUAAGUGGUGAGACCGUUGAUGAUGAGUUGAUUUACUUACCAGACCUUGCGGAGAGGCCAUUCUAUGCGAUAUUCUAUGAUUUGGAGAGAAAUAGAGUAAGAAAAGUUGAGUACGAGGGGAUUGGAGAAAUCAAGUUCAUCAGAUCUCAUUGUUUUCCCAAUCACAUUGAGAGUCUCAUGUCUUUGAACGAUCUUCUUACCGCGGCCUAG